AUUCAAUUCAUGUACACUUGAAUUUCAUUGUUUACGUUUACCCACGUUGUACCUAAGACUAAUCACCCGCUCAUCCUACCCAACUUAUCCCUCUCUACUCCAUAAUACACUUUUGGAACUCCCUUCGUACUAAACCUACAUACUACCCUGCGAUCAAAUCUUCUUACCUUCGCCAUGGCGGAGCUUCAUGGUGAGCUUAAAUCACAUUUUGAUCUCCAUAAAAAAGCGUUGGCAGUUGGGCCCAAUUCCGGAAGAGCAGCGGGCGAAUUUUGGGCAGCUGGUGAGUAACUAAACUAACAUUUUUCGUUUGACAAGUGGCUAGAUUGCUAAUACUAUUCAUGUGCGUCAAGUACUGGAACCCGAUAAGGAUGUCUCAAAUUUUAGUUUAGAAGGUUUCCAUUGGUUCAAGGUUAAAAGCAAACAUACUGUUGCAAAAGUACAGAAAGCGUACCACAAGAAGUGUGGUGUUACGGUUCUCCUUCGUCAAGGAGAUCGAGUGAUACCAUUGACAACCCAGAUGCAGCAGAUAAAUCAUUUCAAGGAUGAUAUCAUCAUUUUUUCGACAAGCAUUAUAUCUGAAGCGGAUGAUGCUAACCUCAGCCGAAUGCCAUUACAGUCAAUUGAUGCUGCUAGCCAGAAUCGUAUGCAGACCCCUUCUCAAGCACCUGUCAAAGCCGAGACUGAACCUGCAUCGGGGUCGGUAGGGGUGAAGGCAGAACCAGACCUUUCAACUGUCUCCCCAAGCCCCUUCGAAACUCCUGCCAUCUCUCGCACAUCGCCUGAAGUUGUACAAUUUGGGACACCCGCACUAGGUCAACUUGACACUCCUGCAUCAGCACCUACUUCUGGCUAUGAUGUGUUUGCUGAAUCUCAAGAUGAUUAUUACAGGCAUUCCAAACUUACAGCUGGUAAGUCAUAGUCUGGUCAAUUAUGUUGGUUUCCGGGCUAAUCUAGAACAGCUGGACUUGAAACUUCUUUGAGGUAAGCAUGGGCUGUUUUGACACCCGCGUCGCGUGAAUUUGGGAACAGAAGGCUUCUAAGCAUGCAAAUAGUGCGCUAGGUAAUACUUCUGCGCCGGAUGACCCAUUAGGUUAUGAAUCUUUCGCCGAGGUUCAUCGUGAAAAUUACACAAGCUCAUCCGCCACACCCGGUAAAGUCAACCUUCAUUAACAGUCGUAUACGUGCUUUAGCUAACCUCAAAGUAGCUGAAAUUGAGUCUUCUUUGCGGAAAAUUUGGGACAAAAUAUCAAGUGAUACUCGGGAGUACUACUCAACAAAGGAUGCCCAAAAAUCGAACAUUCCAAUUUCCAACAAUAGCCCCUUAUUGCCUGCACCUGCAGUCGAUACCAAGCCCUUACCAGGAAGUUUUAGUCCCUCUGCCAAUAACCGCUCAAAAUCCGUGACCCAAGAUGAUAUUGUGAUGAAACCUGACGAUUAUAGCUCAACAUUUAAGGAUGAAGAUGGCAGCCCAGAACCAGAACCACAAACUUUAGAGCUCGGGAAGCUUAGGAUUCAACAUAUCAUGGAAGGCGGUUCCGCAGAGGUGCUCAAACAAGAGGUGAAAAAGACAACUGAUUUCCUCAAUACUUUGAAGAAUCAUUUUAAAGUACCUGAAGCGGAAUCACACCCAGACACAAGUCAUUGGCUUCAACAGAUUGGUAAGUGGCAUUAAUGUAUCUUCUACUCAGCUAAAUGGUUCGGCAGACACUUUGCAAGCUCAAGUUGAAAACACUCCCACGAUUAUCGGUGUCGUUGGCAACACUGGUGCGGGUAAGAGUAGUGUUAUUAAUGCCAUGCUUGAUGAAGAACGCUUAGUUCCCACCAAUUGGUAUGCUUUCCAUUCCGUCAAGGUGAUUGAUAUGCUUAUAUAUGCUUAGUAUGCGCGCUUGUACUGCGGUCGUUACGGAGAUGUCGUGGAAUUUUAGCGACGACCCGAGCAAGAAGUAUAGAGCAGAGAUAGAAUUUAUCAAAGAAUGUGAUUGGGAGAACGAACUCAAAGUAUCUUUGAAUGAACUUAUUGAUGCGUCCGGAAAUGUAAGCGACCUAAUCUUCUCAAAUAACAUUACUAACUUCCCUUCAGGUCUCAAGAGAUUCUACAAAUGCAGACACUGAAGCUGGAAUUGCAUAUGCCAAGAUCAAAGCCGGUUAGUUGAAUAAAACAUCUCACACAGUACGACUUCUAAGCAGUUGUUUAGUUUACCCAAAUAAGACGCACGAAAUGCUAGCAAAAUCCACUGCAGAGGAGCUGCUUGCCGAGAGCGAUGUUCGCACAGUCCUUGGAACGACCAGAACCAUUGAGAAAUCCUACUCUGAAUUUUUCUACAAAGAACUUCAGCGCUAUGUCGACAGUAAAGAAAAGUCUACGGGUGAGGGGGGCCGACCUAGUGAGAAGAAAAAGGAGAAGAGAACCAUGGAAUUUUGGCCUUUGAUUAAAGUCGUGAGAAUAUUCGUUAAAGCUGAUGCUCUCUCCACGUGAGUACUUGAUUCGUAUUUAUCUGAAUUUUGACAAAGCUUACUCGUGAUUAGUGGUGCUGUUAUUGUCGACCUGCCUGGUGUUCAUGACUCGAAUGCUGCUCGUGCUGCUGUGGCCGCUGGCUACAUGAAACAAUGCACCGGUACGUACUUUUCGAGGGCCCUGGAUUUUUUGUGUCUUUGUCUAAUGCAUUACUAGGUUUAUGGAUUUGUGCUCCUAUUAAUCGAGCAGUCGAUGAUAAGGCUGCGAAAUUUCUUUUGGGAGAAUCGUUUAAACGCCAACUCAAGUAUGAUGGAGUAAGCCAAUUUCACCGCCAUUUCUUCCUUGCAAUGCUAACUUACCGUUAGCAAUUUUCGAGAAUCACAUUCAUUUGCUCCAAAACUGACGAUAUCUCUGUUCUUGAAGCUUCAGAUUCGUUAGGUCUGGAGGAUGCUAUGGCGGAAGAUUACGCGAUGAUCGACCAGAUUGACAAACAAAUUGAUGAAUUGAAUGCGAAGAUUGCAGAUCUUAAGGGAAACAUCGAUGUUUAUAGUGGAGUUUACAAUGACGCGGACGAGAGUCUAGAUAUUUGGGAUGAUUUGAGGCGAGAUUUAGAUGCAGGUGAGGCCGUUUAUGCCCCGAAAGCUAAGCCUGAAAAGUCUCCCAAGCGAAAACGUUCUCCCUCCUCGAGGAAAUCACGCAAGAAGAUGAAGAUAUCCGAAGACGAAGAUGAUGAUGAUUUCAUCGAUGAUGACGAUGGGGACCAGGAAGGUGAUGAAAUCUUCGACGAGGAAACCGAAGCCGAGGAAGAAGACCUCGGCAGAGGCGACCCUUUGACAAUAGAAGACAUUGAACAAAAGAUUGAUGACCUCAAAGACACCAAAAAGCAAGCUCGGAAGGAGAAGGUCGCCUUGGAACUGGAGAUCAAAGAAGUCAAAAAACAAUCGAAAGAAUUGGACCAGCAAAGAAAGGAAAUCGACACCAGAAUGCGCGCCAUUUGUAUUGACGGUCGAAACAAGUAUUCAAAAGGAGCUAUUCAACAAGACUUCGCUGCUGGUAUCAAAGAGCUUGAUAUGGAAAACGCCGAAGAGGAAGAUGCUGAGAAAUUCAACCCUGAUGAAGACAUUAGAGACUAUGAUGCCGUAGCUCGUAGUCUUCCUGUGUUUUGCGUUAGUAGCAGAGCCUACCAGCAGCUGAAUGGAAGAUUGCGGAAGGAUGCCAAGAUCCCAGGUUUUCGUAAUAUCAAGGAGACCCAGGUAUUUAUGAUUAUUGACAGAUUGAAUACCCACAACUGAUAAUGUUCUAGAUUCCUCAACUUCAAGCACAUUGCAAAAAACUUACGGAAGCUGGUCGAAGUGCUACCUAUCGUCGAUUCCUCAAUGCUCUUCUUCAGCUUGUGUUAUCCUUGUCUUUAUGGUCAAACAACGAUGGAACUAAUAUCAAUCUUUCAGAUUCACAAAAGUGGCCCAAGCAAGCUGGCUUCAGAAGAAGUUAAAAGAAUUGGAGGAAAGCCUCGAUGAGGCAUUCGGAAGUUGUGUUGCUGACAUGAAAGAUGCUUUAACCGAAAAUAUCUUUGAGAAAUUCAGCGAGGCCGUUCCAUUGGCUGCGGAACAGGCACCUAUCAUUGCUGCGAAAUGGGGUGCUCCUGUCAACAAGGUCAAUCGUGCAGCUGGUGGUUUGUAUUUUCAGACAUAUAAAGGUAAGUUUUUCCGCAUGAAUCCUAUUACCGCGCUAACGGAACUAGCUGUCAUUCGUAGAGAUGGUGUGUAUGGAAAUAAGAAUGGUAAUCUUUGAACUUAGCUUCGCAUAUAAUUUACAACUGACGAUUUUAGCUGCGUAUAAUUUCAACAGCGAUUUGACGGAGCCAAUUAUGAAACACUUGGCAAAUCAUUGGGAAAAGAAUUUCUCCAGGAGAAUUCCUUCCGUGCUUCGAAGUUUCACUACAAAAACUAAUUUGAUUCUAAAGAAUUUAUAUCAGGCGGUUGAGAGUAGGAGCCGCAAAAAUGGUACAGGGGUCACUGGCUUGGAAAUGCUGGGUCAACAACUCCGAACGUAUGAAUCAAGCUUCUCAAUCCUAAACAUAGAGAUGAUCGAAGCUAUCAACAAUCUACAACGUGAUGCCAAUAGAGAGUUUGUUCCAGUAAUAGCUCAGAACUUGGCCUCAUCUUAUCAACAUUGUGCUGGCGAAAGCGGUAAGUUUCAGUUUCACUCCGCUGUUAAUUUUGGUGCUAAGAUCAGUGCUAGGAGUUGGCACAUAUAAGCGCAUUAAAGAUCAUUUGGGCAACCAAAUUUAUCAAAAACGAAACUCCAUGUUCAAAGAAAGUUGCGAUGAAGUCAAAACCAGACUCAACAAGAUUUGUCGACGGGUUGGAGAAAGUAUGAACAACAAAACCGACGAAGUUUUUUUACUUAUGCGCAGAGAUUACUUGCAAGUUCUUAAUGGUGCUCAGGUAAGUGGUGGAGUAAUGCCUAAAUGGGAACGCCACGUCAGAUCGGAGGUUGCUCGCGCACUUGUCGAUAUUUGAGCGAGGUGAAGCGGAAAAGAUUGCUACUGGUGUGAAGGAUAAAGAAGGUAAUGAAGAUGAGAUGUUGAAAGACAAUUAAACCGAAGAUUAUCAUGGCGUCAAAAAGGAUGGGUCUGCGGAAACUAGCGCGGUUCAGGAUAAUGAAGUUAAGGUUCAUGCCAUGGGACUGGACGAAGCAAAGGCUCCUACCGUCAAGAGCGAGCAAUUUCCGGAUGAUGGAACUGGUGAAACAUACACCGACACCAAAUCAUCUGUAAUGGACGUUGAUCGUCCAGCUGCCGAAGCCUCGCCUACUGAUUCUCCUUCAACAGAUAUUCCUACCUAGACAAACAUCAUUUCGGUUCUGCUACUCACUAAACCAUCAUCUACAUUCUGUUUUUGUAAGAUAUUCGCUUCAUUCCCCCAUCUCUAGGGCGGUGUUUAGGGAUAUUUGGACAAUUCGGAAUAAUAUGUUCUAUGUAGCACUGAUCUUUACUUUUUGACGUUGGCUUGUUUUGGUGUAGUACGGGUAGACAAAAGGCUGGCAUGUGUUCAUGAGGAUGUAUUCAAUUUGCUUUGAUUCAAACGAGAAAAUGUAUGGGAUUUGCUGAGGAUUUGCUAC